GGUUCGAAAGAGUGUUAGAACGCAAGAUGGGUCGAGGGAAACUCAAAUUGGAGUUCAUAAGCAAAGAGUCAAGUCGAAGAACUACCUUCAGAAAGAGAAUGCUCGGGUUGAAGAAGAAGGUAAAAGAAUUCUCGACGCUCUGUGGCGUUGAUGCUUGUCUGAUUGUCCAUGGACUCGAUCAAGGCGACCGCCCGGAGAUAUGCCCGGAGAAUCCCGACGAUGUCCGGAGGAUCAUCAGUCGGUUCAGAGAGCACAGAAGGGAGGAAAUAGGGAAGCGAAACCUGGGUCUCCGUGACAUCUUGGAGGACAGGAAGAAAAAGAUGGAGGAGCAGCUUGCCAGGCUGCGCCGGAAGAACAAUGAAACAGAGUACCCCGCGUGGGACGACCGGUUCAACCAUUUCACAGUGGAGCAACUUAGACAAAUGGGGUGUCGCGUGGGCGCCAUGCUUGAAAAAGUGAAAGCCAAAAUCGAUUGGAUUCAGGAAAAGCAGCAGAGCGUCAAUGGCGAACUAACAGCGUUGAUAGAGUAUCCUCUCCCUCUCCCUCCCCCACCACCCAAUCACAACCCCCCUCUUUUUUUCAGUGACGAACACCUCCAUUGCUUGCCAAGUGUAUGUGGAAAGGGCAUGAUGGAUGCUAUUCCAACAUUCGAGCAACCACUAGCCUAUCUGGGACCAUUUGAUCGGCCUCUGUCCGUAGAAUACCCAUCCACUGCCCUGUCACAUGUAUUCGAACAGAAGGGGAACCCUUUGAUGAAUCAUCAAAACUGUGAUGAUUGGUCCAGUGGGGUCAUUCAGCAUCCACUAUUUUAUGAUCCAACGGUGGUUGGUCCAUGGAAUGAUAUGGUGGUGCCGUCAACCAUGCAGCCACCUGCAUCUUAUUUCCAAUAUGAUCAUUAAUUAUCAUCGCCUUUCAGAAGUUAGAGGAAGCUUCCAAACUUGAAGAUCUUCAUGAGAAGCAGUUUCAGUUUUAAUUUUGAUGAUCUGCAGGUCAGUGAAGAAGGUUAGGUAUGGAUUGGUUUCGUGUAGAGUUGAGUUAUUAGAUGUAAUCGAGUAGAUAACUUGCUAAUAUCAGCGUAGGUUCAGUUAUCUGGUGGCGUUGUUUUAAUGCAGUUUGUAGUGCUAAAUCAAGCUUCUUUUCAAAAGAGAAUUAUGCUUUCUUUAAUGGAGGAGGAACGUAGCUAAUACGCACCACUCACUAUCAUGGUUGAAUCUAGAAAGACAAUGUCUGUAAGUAA